AUGGUAUGCAAAUCUUUCACACAGAGUGUCCCGUUCAAUAUUCCAAUCCAGGGAGGAUUGCAGGAUGGCAUGAGUAUUACUGUAUGUGGACGGGUUUGGCCAAAUGCAGACACAUUGGAGGUGAACCUUCAGUAUGGGUCUGAUGUCAUACUGCAUUUUAACCCUCGCUAUGAAGGAGGAUCUGGGUUCGUCGUGCACAACACCAAUCAGAAAGGAGUCUGGGGCAAAGAAGAACGCGAGUACAAAACUCCCGUCCCAAGAGGCCAGGUGUUUGCUCUGCAGAUCCUCGUCACCCAGGAGUCAUACAAGAUAAAUGUCAACGGGAAACCCUUCUCUGAGUACAAGCACCGUAUGCCGUUCUCAUGGGUGGACCACAUCUACGUGUUUGGAAAAGUUGAACUGAAUUUAGUUGCCUUCCAGUAUCUUGCGGACACUUGUGUUGGGGAGGAUUCAAUGUCUGUUGAGGCCCAUGUCAAUGUGCUACAAAGUGCGUAUCGGAAAACACAUCCAGACAUCUCGACUGUCCAAGACCACAUGGCACGAACAUUCUCCUGGAGACGUUGA